CUUUGCAGAAACUGCAAAACUAAAUUCACUGUUCUGUAUAAGUAAACUUAUACUGUAUAAUUUGCAAUCAUAAACAACAAAUGCCUUAUUUUAGGAUGAAAAGCAAGAUUUACAUAUGUCGGUAAUUACAGAUCGUGUAGAAGGUGGAGGAAGUACGGUUGAUGGUCUCGUUGAAAUAAUGCUUCAUCGACGUGUUAUUGCUGACGAUGGUUUGGGUGUGUCGGAUCCACUCGAUGAAAUGGGCAUUGAUGGACAACCAUUAAUAGUUCGAGGUAAACGUAUGAAAUAA